GUGGGGUGAGGUAAGGGUGAGACGAGGUGGGGUGAGGUGGGGUGAGGUGACGUGGUGAGUAGCAAUGGCUUUGUUGCCCUUGGAUCCUGUCAACACACAGGCUCACCACGGUCAAAACAUUUCCGCUUCCGGCAACGAGAGCACACGAGCAGCGGUUUGCAGGCGGAGGAUGGUUGUAAAGUUGUAAAGAUCUUCCCCGACGGCUUGUGCGAGCGGGAAUGCGUCGGCUGAUCAUGGUGGCGGAUGGUGCUCGGAGCUUCAUCUCUUGGCUUUGCCGUGGCUUCUGGCUCCGUUUCAGAUUGGUGGCGUGAGGUUGUGACCUUGCGGGUGAGAGGGCUUCUGCACGAUUCCGGAUCUGAGCGGUGCGGCGAGAAGAGACACUGUCGGUUGCUUGCUCGCAGUCGUUUGGGAUACAGAGGUUUCUUUCGGUUAUAUAGGAUGCGGCUGUUGUGGCGGGCUGCUGGCGUCGGUCGUUGUUCUUUGCCAUUGAUUUCUGUGCUGUUGCCUUGUGGGGCUUUUCUUUGGACCUUUUGCUCCAGGCUGGAUGCAAUGUGAGGUCUACAACUUCACGCCGGCAUUUGGGAGUAAAGAUUCUCUGAAAGCCUGAAAAGUUUCACUGAAGGAAAAGGUCCUUCAAAUUAGAAAGAGACACCCGUUUCCGUUUCUAGGAUUCAGCAUCUCCUUCACCUCCGACCAUGCGAGCAGCGGCAUUCUUGGGAGGUCAAGACACAAUCCAUGGUGCUGGCAGCCCUGGCAGAUUUGCAAAGUCACAUCCCAGCCCAGCCAAGUUUUUUUGUUUUCUGGCCUCCCCUCGGCCAGUGAGAAGAUGGCCAAACAUGUGCAAAAUGAAUGCCGGUCCUGGCGCAAGGGGUGCCAACGGCGUCCAGUUUUACCCGGCGUAAAAGUCGCCCCGGCUCUCCUGAAAAGAAGGCGGCCGAUGUGGUCCAAGUCAGGUGGAUGUGUCCUCAAGUUUGUGGCAGAGCACAGGCUUUUGCCCCGCCUUUUGUGUAUGUCGAGGCGUGUGGCAUUGUGUAUGAGGGUGAGCCACAGGUGUAAUUGUUGUGAAGAGUUUGCUGCAUUGGGCCUCAGAUCCUUUGUCAUGCUGGGCUUUUUGGUUCCCUGGCUUGGUUUGCUCCAGAGUUCUUCUCCCGCAGCUGAACCCAGUAGCUUCAACAAUUGGUGUUGCUCUUGCACAACGUGGGGGCAUGACAGCAGCA